GGCGUGAGUAAACGGGAAAGCGGGCGGGGAUUUUGGCGGAAAAAGACAUGGACCAAGAUAGGUCCAGGAAUUUCAUUUCCCAAACUAUAGUGAGCACGGCGCGCGCCGCGCAGCGGCCGUAGCGUACAUAUAGCGCGAAUGUCACCGUUAUACAUUUACCAAGUUCACCUCUCACCCAUUCUCUAACAAUCAUUAUGACCAUAGUCUCAAAUGAUCCCACGUGGUGGUCGUCCAUCAGUGUACAUCGUUUUGCCAGCUAUUUUGCAGUUGCCGCCUUCGUUGGAAUAACAUAUGAUUGGGUACUAACAUUGGGACGAGAGGUCGAAUUGGUCUGGAGACAACGCUGGUCGCUCGUGACAGUGCUGUAUCUCAGUGUGCGCUACCUUGGGAUCCUAUCUGCUGCUCCACUAAUGGCUGCCACGCUAUACUACCAAAGAUGCUGGAUGAUGUACACUGUAUGGGAUUGGAUGGUUGCUGUGGUAUUUGCGAUGCUGUGGGCCAUCAUCAUCGCUCGGCUGCAUGCCAUGUAUCAACGAGACAGAAAGAUCCUGAUAUUUCUCGUUGUCAUCUUCCUGGCGAUCAACACUUUUGCUGGAGCGACAGCCGUAAUGUCAACGAUACAUACUUCAGGAGAGGAACUCAUUCUCUCUGGUACCUACCAGUGCAGGAUUAGCUAUACAGGAGAUGCCCUAGUUAUGGAUUCUGCUACUUGGAUACUCUACAUUGUGUGGGAGGUCCUCGCACUAUGUCUCGCAGUCUGGAUUGCGGUAAAACACUUCCGUGAAUUGCGAUUACGUCCGGCAGGAGGGAUUAUCGGGGACUGUUUGACGGUGUUGAUGAGAACUCAUUUGCUUUACUUUGCGAGCUUUGUUGCUGUCUCUUGCUUCGACCUCCUUAUUAUAUUCUCUCCAACAUCAUUCACGAACCGAUAUCUCCUAGAAGAUCAGACUUUGUUUGGCUUGUUUCAGAUUUUGGAGGUCGUGAUGUUCGUGUUAGGACCACGGCUAAUCCUUGGCCUUCGAGAAUAUAAUGCUAAACUCGUGGCUGACUCCGACGCAGCAACCGGCAUGACCUCAAUCGCUUUCCGAGAGCGUGUGCAUAUAUCGACUAGCAGCAGUGUGUAA